AUGGCGUCCACUAGUGAAGAGGGAAUUGAUAUCCAACUUAUUCAAUCCAUAUCGACUGACAUCCAGAGAAUCAUUCAAGUUACUCCACAGAAAGCUAAAGAAGUUGCUGAACACUUGUACGAUUUGAAACUAAGAAGGUUAGACCAUCUCGCAUAUGUGAAGGAAACUGACCUCGGUGAUCUGCUGUCGCCUUUCGAAGCCCGUCAACUUUUGGAAGUCUGGAAGGGGGGCGAAGGCUCUAGUGGAGGUCAGGACAAAGAAAACAGGAGACCUCGAGUCAUAGUUGAAGGAACAACAGAUGAUGAUAAGGACAAGUUCCGAAUUAAUUGGCAAGACAUUUAUGCUAUUAACAAGGAUAUCAAGAAGAAAAUGAUCCAAGGAAAGAAACUGAAGAGAAGGGAAAAGAAACAAAUCAUUGGCAGAAUAGUUCAGCAAGUACGGGACCAAGUGCCUAAUGCCUCUAGAGAUGUCUUUGAUAAAGUGGCUCAACAACUUCAUGAUAAACAUUCUAUCACAUUUCAAAGUGAGCUUGCCAAAGGAAGAGUAGUCAAGAAAACUUUGUCGUUCAAAAUGAAGACAAAGUUCGACAAUGACCGAAGGCCCAUUCGUCGGACUACUACAGAACAACAAGCCCCUUCUAUCAAAGCAGCAUAUGGCUGCUUGAGGUGGCGUGUUGUAGACUUACCUGCAGGUGAAACGGAGGAGACUCUAGAGGAGAAGAGGAUAGCACUCGAGAACUAUUUUGAAAGUCAUCGCCAGAAUGCCUGGGACUGGACGUAUAUCAAUGGGGAGAUGGACCAACUCUUCGGUCAGCAAAGAGCAGAAAUCAAUCGGCAGGCAGAAGAAAUAUUGAAAGCUCAGAAAGCGCUCAGAAGGAAUAAGAAUAAGGGAAAUCAGAACCAACAACAAGUUCCCCCUGGACAGCAGGCACAAGUAGUAGUCACAACCACAUCAGAUCUACGAGACCGGUGGCCUUUUCUAUUUGUACCUUCUGGAAUGCUGAUGCACUUUACAAAAUUAACAGAUAUAAAUCUAGAGGAGAAGUUUGAAACUUUCAUGGAUUCCAAGUUGGAAAAAAUUGUUGAUUUCCUGCUAGCAACCAAUAGUGACAAAAAGAAGAAGUCUGUAAAGAAGAACAUGGAUCGUGCAAUCGAAGAAUUGGGUCAGGAUUCCACUGUGCCAGUCUUUGCAGCAGCCAUGCUGCUUCUGAUUCAACGCUUUAAGGAAAAUAAGAAGGCACUGUGGUUGAUGGUUGAUGAACAUGUUGAAGAAAGUGAAAUCUCAGCACAUGUAGAACUGCCCCGCACACCAUGCUUAAUAAUACAAGGCACCACCAUCCCCUGA